CUCACAGGUGAGUCUCAUUAAGCGGCUCCCCUGCUGUUAACUGUAGGAUAUUUUCUUAGCGGUCGUUUCUUUAUUAGGAGAAAUUUGAUAACUUAAAAUCGUUCUGGUCUCCUCCUCCUUCUCAGUGUCCUUAUUUACCACUUUCCCUCGUGUCUCUCUGGACAGACUGAGAGCAGAGGACAGCUGUGGAGGAAAGCCCACUCUAGAGCUCGGUUGUUUCUCUCCACUCCCUCUUCUGCGUUUGCAACUCCCAACUUCUCGCUCUGUUUUCGUGCGCGUAAAAACUUUGGCGAGCCGCGGUCUCCUCCUUUCCCUCCGUGCGUAAUUCUCUGGGAAGUGCUUUGAAAACUUGUGAGGAAAUCUCACUUUACUUCUCCCACCUGUUGCUGAAACGGACGGAGCGGAGAACAGGACUCUAUCCCUCCGGGACAACUUGGGGACUGACCCGGACCAGGGUCCACGGUUCACGCUCCUGCAGCAGCAGCAGCUGCCGCCUGGACACCCCCACCGCCUCCCUGCACCGCCUCAUAAAAACGGCCGCUUUUGUGAGCAAGAGGAGGACUUUAGACAUCGUGGAGUGAAAGGGAAGGAAGGAAGGGGUCCAGAAAGUGACACUUGAAGGAAUCUGUGCGCGUCUCGUGAAAAAAAAAAAAAAAAGCAGCCUGAAAAACAGCGCUGCGUGUGAAGUUUCCAACCGGACAGACAGACUUCAACACCUCGGAUGGUGGAAGGAGUUUUUUCCCCCAGCAGAGUUGAGCAGCAAUUCUACUCCAGAGAAGAAGAAGAGAAGGGGAGUCGGUGAAGCGAUGAAGCAAAGAGAAAAGAACUGAUGAGAAGGGGAAAAGUUGGAGAUAAAUAUAGGAACGCUAUAGUCUGACUUACAGCUACACAUGUUUGGUGCUGACUAUAGCAAACUUUAGGACAGAGGUGCUUUCCCUCCACCCUCUCCCCAUCGCCUCGCCCCCCUGCUGGCCUAGCUCCUGUCAGCCCCAGACCCAUCUGUCGAAGGAGGACCAUAUGGCAGCUCAACACAUCCAGCAGGCUGGAUGAGCGACAUGUGCGUAUCUGCAGCCAGCGGGGCAGUGCCCUCUUAUAGACGACCAGCUGAAGCAGGAAGGAGAAACAGCAGGGAAAAGCAGAGCACUUUGCUCAGCACUGGCUGCUCGGCGGUGCCGCGGCGGACAAUCAUGGACAACAGGCCCGUCCCGAGGAGACGGACCGGAGCCGUCCGACAUCUGCUACUGCUGGCGUGCGUCGUCCUCGCCUGCAGCUCCCAGCUUCUGAUGGUGGAGGCGAAUUCGUGGUGGUCUCUAGGUCUGACCCCGAUCCAGCGGCCUGAGAUGUACAUCAUUGGUGCUCAGCCUCUCUGCAGUCAGCUUUCUGGCCUUUCACAGAGUCAGAGGAAGCUGUGCCAGCUGUACCAGGACCACAUGAGCUACAUCGGAGACGGAGCGAGAACGGGCAUCAAGGAGUGCCAGUAUCAGUUCAAACAGAGGAGGUGGAACUGCAGCACUGUGGACAGCACGUCCGUGUUUGGACGGGUCAUGCACAUUGGCUCAAGGGAGACGGCAUUCACGUACGCCAUCAGCGCGGCCGGUGUCGUCAACGCCAUCAGUCGGGCGUGCCGCGACGGCGAGCUCUCCACAUGUGGCUGCAGCCGCGCCGCCCGGCCCCGCGAUUUGCCACGCGACUGGCUGUGGGGAGGCUGUGGCGACAACGUGCAUUAUGGCUACAGAUUUGCGCGGGAAUUUGUCGAUGCCAAGGAGCGGGAGAAGAAUUACCCGCGCGGGUCGAGAGAGUAUGCCCGAAUUCUCAUGAACCUGCACAACAACGAAGCGGGGAGGCAGGCCGUCUACAACCAAGCCCAUGUCGCCUGCAAGUGUCACGGAGUCUCCGGGUCCUGCAGUCUGAAAACUUGUUGGCUUCAGCUGGCUGACUUCAGGCGAGUGGGAGAAUUUCUGAAAGAGAAAUAUGACAGUGCUGCGGCCAUGCAGAUUGGACGCAAGGGAAAGCUGGAGCUGAAAGACAAGCGCUUCAACAACCCGACACCUGAGGACAUGGUCUACAUUGACCCAAGCCCCGACUACUGUCUCCGGAACGAAACCACAGGCUCGCUGGGAACGCAUGGCCGCUACUGCAACAAAACCUCAGAGGGUAUGGACGGCUGCGAGCUGAUGUGCUGCGGCAGAGGGUACGACCAGUUCAAGACAUACAAGCACGAGCGCUGCCACUGCAAGUUCCACUGGUGCUGCUACGUCAAGUGCAGGCGCUGCACAACUCUCGUGGACCAGUUUUUGUGCAAAUAGCACAAAAAGGCGGGUUAACUCUGACCCAAAGAAAUGGGAGUGAAAAGAGAGGCGAAGAAGGAGGACAUUAUGAAGAAUGAUGAUAUCCAUUUUAAUAUAAAGAGCUGAUCAAUGGACUGAUAUAUAUACAUAUAUAUAUAUAUAUAUAUAAAAAAGAUGUCCAAUAUUCUGAUCACGGUCCUGAUGGAAGAACAAAACGGCACAAGAGGAUGAAAGGGAAAAAAGGAACAGGCUUCAAUCCCUUAAAGUGGGGACACAUUGACCUGUGUGAGCUGAAGAGAUAAAAAAUAAAUAUAUAAUUAAGAAAUAAAUAAAUAAAUCUACAACUUACACAUUUUAAUUUAAAGAGACUUGUGUUUGUUUUAAAGUGUGAAGCAGCCUAGAUUCCUCUGAUUGCCUGCUGCUUUUUUAAUGCAAGAGCACUGCUAUCAUCACUGUAUGCACUCCCAUCCCACUGGCAGCAGCAAAGAAACGCCCCAAACUACAACCAGCAGAAAAGGAACAAGUCAAGAUGACAGUGAACCCAAAGUGCCUUUAUUGAAGUAUUCAUACUAGUUCAGCUUUUCCAUAUUUUUCACGUUUCAUCCAAAAACUGGAUUUUAUGUGACAAACCUACAAAAAGUGGUCCAUAGAUAUGCAGUACAAGGAAAACAAUCCAUGCUUUUACUUUACUUUGUUGCAGUUAUAGUUAUAAGUAACAUUCUGUCCUGAACACGUUUAUGUUGGUGUUAGGAAAGUGCAAGCAUCUCUACCUGUUGAGUAGACAACACUCUACCUUCACUAAAAAUAAAGAGACCAGGCUCAUGUUAUUACCGUGAGCUAUUCCCAACCAGAAAAUCUGUUUUUGUUAACUGCGUUAUAGUAUGGGACUUCAAGCAUGAUGAUUCUACCACCAAAGCAAACAUGUCCAGUUUUAGGGUCUGUUGGACUUUUUUACUAAAAUGAUUUCUGUCUUUAACUGGCCAAAUCACAUGGUUUCACUUGUGUGCUGUGCUCCCUUCGUGGCUUUUUGCAACGUGAAUUCAUUAGGGGACUUGCACACCAAAUGCAGCAUCAGCUCCACCAGCCUCUGAAAUCCAUUAAUUUGUGCUUCAUGCGCCACGCAACAUUGUUUUGUUUUUUCCCCCUUUUUUCCUGCGCUGAGCGAAUGCCAAUGCACUGUUUCUCCUCCCUUAGCAUUGAAGUGCGAACAGUUCAGUACGGCUUGUGUUGCACUCAGGUUAAAGUCGAUAUUUGCUGCACUUUGACUGCAGUUACACAGCGACAGAUCCUCGCGUGGCCAAUAGAUACAAGAUAUUGAUCAAACCGCUCCACACUGAGUAGAAAGCAGCCUGUUAAUAAGGAAACUAAACUCCUUCACUUGCUUCCUAAAGGGACACAUAUUUCUUUAUCUGCUUCUCUAUUGUUUUUAUCACAAAGGAAAUGUAAGAUCUGCAAAUCAAACAUAACUUCUUAUUGUGAAACUCUACCUCUUGCGUUGUACUUUGCUACGGAUGAACAGAGUGCAGCACCAUCAGUGUUGCUUCCAGUUUAGCAUUACAGGAUUCACUGCUCAGACACCUGCUGUGAAGCUCAAAGGAUGCUGUUUGUCUUUCUUUUGUCACUCUUCCUUCAAGGCCAGGUUUGGAGUGCACAACUAUUAGUUGACCUCGAAUCUCUAAUCUACUUGUCUGAUUAUGAUCAUGUCUUGAAAUGUUUGCAGUUCUUCUAUCUAUUUUUAGAUGAUAGAUUGAACAUCUUGGUGAGAAGUUCAAAGCUUGAGAUGUCGUUUUAUAACCUCACUCAGCUUUAACCUUCUCCACAAUCUUUUGCGUGACCUUUCUUCUUUAUUCCUUGGUUUUCAGGAUGCUGUUUGUUCACUAAUGUCUCCCAACAAAUCUCUAAGGCUUUCAAAGAACUGUUGAGUUUGAACUGAGAUUCACCGAAGUUCAUAUGUACUCAAUUUACUUAGAAUAUUUCUGGUGGUUCAGGGGAAGGAGGGCUGAUUACACUUUUCAGUUUUUAAUUUGUAGCCAAAAUAGAAAAGUUCAUGUCGUUUUCCUUGCUUCAUAAUCAUGUUCCACUUUGUUUAUGUAGCAAAUCCCAAUAAGAUACAUUGAAGUUUGUAGUUCUGAAGUGACGAAAUGUGAACAAGGAUAUUGAAUAUCUUUGCAAGGCACUGCAAAGAGAAGGACUCCAGAUACUUCAGGGCGGGGGGAGUUGUAACAAACUUUAGGAGAAAAAGGAUAGCUCACAUAAAUCCAGUUCUAAAUGCCUGAACCUACAGCAACAUCAGCAAAAUGCUAACAAUAAUUCUCAAAAGGACAGGGCACACUCCCCUUUGUGUCGGUGACCUGACAAAUGAUCCUGUGAGCGGGUUAAUGAGGCCUGCUGCUUGCAGCCAUCUUGACAUUGUUGCUGUUUAAAUGGACAGUUUGCUGCCUGGCUCCAUAACCUUCAUAUCAGGUGAGGAAAGCAUCCAUUAGAGAGAUGAAUAUGUUGGACUGGCCUUAACGAAGACAUGCAAAGAGACGCGUUCAGUGCUAAAUGGACCUUUUUCAUCUUACAAUGCCAAACAAGAUGUUAAGUGUUGUGUUGACUUGGUAUUUUUGCCAGGACUGUGACACUUUGUGACUCUGUGUUGCAAAUAAUAGAUGUUUGUGGACACAAGAGGACUGAAUAUGGUGUGGAAAAUAAAUGCAAGAAGAAACAGAAGAAAUGGACUGCAAUUCCUUACAAGCAACGUUCAAGAACUAGUGCAUAAGAAAUUAUAUUUUGUUGGUGUUUAUAAGCUUACAUUGUUUUCUAUGUUUUAUACAUGCAUAUUACUGUGUAUUCUUUUGAUAAAGUAGACUUUGAAAGUGAA